UCUGCCCCCGUCAAACAGAAACAGGCCUGCGCUCACCUAAUCCCAAAUCCAAGCAAAUCCGGCUCCUCUCAAAUCCCCGGUUCUCCAUCCGUCCAUCCCUCUCCCCUCCACCCUCCUCCCCCCUCGUCUUAUUUUACCGAGCGAUCCCCCCAGCGAGCUAAACCCUAGAUCCUCCGCCCAACCGCUAAAACCCUAGCAGGCCAAGAGCUGCUGCGUCGGGGACGAUAGGAUGGCCGAGCCCUCCAGGGUGAUCCACAUCCGGAACGUCGGGCAUGAGAUCUCCGAGACUGACCUGCUCCAGGUGGUGCAGCCGUUUGGCGCGGUCGCCAAGCUCGUCAUGCUGCGCACCAAGAACCAGGCCCUUGUCCAGAUGGAGGACCUGUCUGCUUCAAUCAGCGCCAUCCAAUACUACACUACAAUUCAACCUAGCGUGAGGGGAAGAAACGUAUACUUGCAGUACUCAUCUCACCAGGAACUGACUACUGAUCAGAGCUCUCAUGGACGGAAUCCUGAUCAGGAUGAACCCAACCGAAUUCUCUUAGUUACCGUUCAUCAUAUGCUCUAUCCUAUGACCGUCGAAGUGCUUCAUCAAGUGUUUUCCCCUUAUGGAUUUGUGGAGAAGAUUGUCACAUUUCAAAAGACUGCUGGUUUUCAAGCCCUUAUACAGUUUCAGUCACGCCAGAGUGCAAUACAAGCAGCUGGUGCUUUGCAUGGACGGAACAUUUAUGAUGGUUGCUGCCAGCUAGAUAUUCAGUACUCAAAUCUCAGCGAGUUGCAAGUUCACUACAACAAUGAUAGAUCUAGAGAUUUCACAAAUCCUUCUUUGCCCACAGAGCAACGUCCAAGAUCCUCUCAGCUUGGUUAUAAUGAUCCUAGCCUUUUUGGUUUCCAACAGCCUGGAGCUGCAUAUGGACAGGCUGCAGUGAUUGCUGCUGCAUUUGGCGGAACAUUGCCUCCUGGAGUGACUGGUACCAAUGAUCGCUGUACACUUAUAGUUAGCAACUUGAACAGUGAUAAAAUCGAUGCGGAUAAGCUCUUCAAUCUAUUUUCUAUUUAUGGAAAUAUAGUGAGAAUCAAGGUACUCCGCAACAAACCAGACCAUGCCCUUGUCCAGAUGGCUGAUGGGCUUCAGGCUGAGCUUGCUAUACACUAUUUAAAGGGAGCAAUGUUACUUGGACAGAAACUGGAAGUGAACUUCUCUAAGUACCCGAGUAUUACCCCCGCUCCUGAUGCACAUGACUACUCAACCUCCAAUCUUAACCGGUUCAACAGUAAUGUGGCGAAGAACUACCGCCAUUGCUGUGCUCCGACCAAGAUCAUCCACAUCUCAGCGCUUUCACCAGAGAUUUCUGAGGACGCAAUCCUUGAACACCUAGGUGAGCAUGGCACCAUCAUCAAGUCAAAGCUGUUUGAGGCGAGCGGCAAGACGCAGGCUCUUGUGCAGUUUGAGAGCGAGGAAGAGGCGACCGAAGCGCUGGUCUGUAAGCAUGCGAGCAAGCUCGAGGGAUCCACCAUUAGGAUUUCUUUCUCCCAGAUGCAUAACAUAUAGCAGUUCUUCCUGGAAAAAGUGUGAUGACCCCCCUUUCUUUCUAAACUUUUCAAGUUUGUUAUGUGGACCUGUCUUUGUUUGCGCCAUGACCAAGGAUUGUCACCUGUAUCUUGUGUGAUGGUUGUAAACUGCUGCCAGCUUGUUUGUACCAUUUUAGCCUGCUAUGGUUUGCUUCUUUGUUACCUGUUAACUUGCAAUCAUGGAUUUUUUUUUGCAAUUA